UCAGUUCGCAAUUCGCAGCGCAGUACAUUACAUCUGUAGUUUACUUUUACGUAAUAAAUUAAGUGAAAUUGUAAUUCAGACAAAUUUAUUCGCAUUUUGCAACAUUUUCUGGUCCUUCAAGCCGGAUUUGCGCGUACGCAUCGAUCGAAAGAAUUUUGGGCCUCUUCGGGCAGAAUCGACGGUUGCGGAUUGGCAAGCAAUUAUUGGUUAAACAAAACCGGUUGUAUUAACAAUCAAAGUAACAAUUAGUGCUCAACAAAAUGAACGUUGAACAACUGAGAAGACAACGAGCAGCCAUCACGGCAAAAUUAACGAAUUUUAUAAGCACAGUAAUGAAAUCAACUACGACAGAAGAGGUCAAGAUGCGCAGUCAAUAUUUAGAAAAAACGUAUCGCAAAUUUCAAACCAUCUCGCAAGAGCUACAAGCCAUGAUCUCCAAGGAAGAUUAUCAGCUCAAAGACGCGACCGAAGAAUCUGAGUUUGAAGAUCAACAUAUUAAAAUAAAAACAUCAAUAUCUCAACGUCUUAAGAGAUUGCAAUCACAAUCUCACGCUUCAACCAGUAGUGACGGAGGUAAAAUGCCCGAUAAUGCGUUGACACAGGUUUUAGAGCGGCAAAUGAUAGGUUUGCAACAUCCUGCGGAGCGGUCAGCCGAUACCAACGAUAAUAAGAGUUUGUUAGAGCAACAGAGUCAAAUGAUGGUACCUUUAGACACUCACUCCGGUACGCCACGUGAGUCUCAAGUGAGACUGCCGAUUAUUAAGUUGCCGACGUUCAGCGGACAGAUAGAAGAUUGGGAAAGGUAUGCUGAUGACACCUUUAAAACAUUAAUUUAUAACAGCAAUUUAUCGAAUGUACAGAAGCAUCAAUAUUUGUUCGGAUUGUUGAGCGGCGCUGCGGCGAAGGUCAUUGAAUCGAUGGAGAUUUCCGAUCAAAAUUAUGCGAUAGCUUGGGACUUAUUAAAAAAACGUUACGAGGAUGAGCGAGCUAUCCGAAAGCGGCAUAUCCAUUGUCUUUUCGAGAUGCCGCGAGUGCAGCGAGAGUCUGCUAGUGCAAUACGGGAGCUUGUGGACUACGUUCAAAGGCAUUUGCGAGUUUUGCAAGCAAUGCAGCUUCCCACGGAGUCCUGGGAAGAAAUAAUAAUUUAUUUAAUCGAACAAAGCCUUGACAAUGUCACGAAAAGACAAUGGGAAGAACACGCAGAGAAGCUGAAGAGUUCGUCCACGGAUGCGAUACUAGAAUUUUUGAAAUGCCGAUGCCAGGUCUUAGAGCGAGCAUCUCUAAGUGAGAUUGCCGAAGAGACAUCAGAAAAAACGAAAUUCAACAAUGUCGAAAGAGACGGUAACGAUCAAAAACAGCCGUUACAUUUGAAAUCUCAAGGCAAAACAUCAUUAUCAACAAUUCAAGAGAAUCGAUGUUGUUAUUGUCAAAGACAACAUUUUAUUUCUUCUUGUGAUGAAUUUUUGAAUUUAACUACUAAAGUUAGAUACCAAACAGUCAAAUGCCUGAGACUGUGCAUGAAUUGCUUAUGCAACGAUCACUUUGUUAAUAAAUGCAAGGCUCCUCCGUGUCAAAUAUGCGGACUUCCGCACAACACUUUAUGCCAUAUAUUUAGAGAGACAGCAAAUGCGACACGCAGCCCGGAACAGAGUACCUCUGCGGGGAUAACAAGAAAUGGAAAAUCAUCGACAAACUCGGAUCGAGAAAUAUUCAGCGUCUCCGAAGAAGCAUGUUCGACGAGCGGUUCGUCAAUUCAUCAUGUGCAGCGAGACACAAAUCGACGUCGCGGAUCCGAUCGCGUCGAAAAUGUCGAAGACUUUACCACAGGACGCGGUCCGAAUCGCAACACGAUCGAGAAACGCUCGUUCGAGACUUCAAACACCGACCAUCACGAGGACGACGGGGAACCCCGAUCCAAAUCGCGUAGAAUGGGAGUUCUACGAUCAAACAAUGUUCAACGAUCGCAAAUAAACGAAAAUUUUCACGAUGUCACGGCAUUGAAGGAUCGCUGCAAUACAUUGCGAAAUCGUCAAAGCGACGCGCAACGACAUUCACCCAGUGGUUCGAACAAUGCGACGUCCGUGCGAUCUCAACCGUCCAGUUCGCGCGACGGAAACAGAGGCUCUUAUCGCAAAGACGAUCAGUUACACGAUAUCGCGCGUGUUGAGCAAAAUGAAACGCAGCAUCGAUACCGAACCGACCAACGACAUCGAACCGACACGAUUGGACAAUACAAACGACUAUGAAAAAAAUUACCUCCAAAUAAUAAAAACUCAAAAUAACCUCCGAACGCAAUUGCGUACGUUAAACUCACACGUAUAUAUUGAACGUGUGAGCAUGAUAUUUGGAACAUGUGGUAUUGAACAUAUGUAAUAUCAAUAUAGUAGUUUUCUAGGAUAGACGUGAGAAUACGUUUUUGAAAUAAAUACACGGAU